ACUUUCCUUUUCCGCCAGCCAUGGUGAUGAUGAAGUGUUGUGAUGUGCUGCGAGGCGCGGGGUGUGUGGUGUGCGGUGCAGAUGGGUGGGCAAAAAAAUAGGCGGUAGCGCUUUGAUUGAUGGGAGCUGUGUAAUCGAAGAACAGGACAGGAAUGGGAACAACAAGAUCGUGGAGUUGGUGGAUGGAUUUGUUGUCGGGUGUUUUUCUCGCGACGGGUGUUGUUGACGAGUCGAAAAAUCAAAAGCUCCCCCGGCCGUCGCUGAUGAUGCUUCUGAUGUGUUGCUGGUUUGUUUGCUACCCCAGGUGCUGUAGCUGGCAGUGUUCAGCAGAAGCUCCCGCAAACUACAGCUACCAAGGUACUUAAGGUAAUAAGCGAGCCUUGUGCACCUGACCCGCCCCUCCAGCCUUCUGUUUUGUGCACACCAGCUCUUUGUGCAAAGUUUGUUCCAGUGACUACCACCAGCUGCCAGCUGUCCGGCAGCUGACCGAUCAUUGAACGGCAAGUUCCGGGCAUCUACCUCUUGGGAGGGGAAAAGGGGAAGCCUGUCUGCCUGUGCUGGACUGGCGAGAGAACAGCAGGGACUGCUCAAGACAUUCCAGAGACACCACGGCAUGAAAUCUCCCGCGGUGUCCUACAGGUCGAGUCUGCAGAGAAGCGUUGGGUCGGGCUGGGUUGUGUGUCGCUCAGAGAAGCUGGAGUAUGUGUGCCUGGCUGUUUGCUAGCACUGGGCAGACACUCGCAAGGUUGACCGUUGAACCAACCAUGCUGGUCAGUCAGGAGGGGUUAAAAAGACAAAGAGUCUCCAAGAAACAUGUCAGGAGCACCAUCUCGAGGUGUCUGCAACCUCUGCGAGGGUUGCGGCGGUGGUCGGAAUGGCGGCUCAAACUUGGUCUGACUGUCGAUUUGGGACGGGCAUUGAAGACGUUGUGAUGUGAUGUCGUUGUUGAUGGACCCACCAUCCUACUUGCGCUCCAGCCACCUCCACGCCAAGAAAGCUGUGCACAGUCCCCGCCAGGCCGUGGCUGAUCUCUGUGGUUGCCUCUUCCUUCUUGCCCCCUCACAGGUCCCUUCUGUUUGGUUUCAUGAUCGCUUCCUACUUCUGGACAGCCUGGUUAUGCGACAUUACGGGAUGGGCCACCUGGUACCUGACCAUCGAGUUUGAUGUUCCCCAAGUCAGCGCAACAUGAUGCUGGAUUACCCGACCCGAGAAGGCUCACGUUGCGCCUACUUUUACACAGCAACAACGAAUGCGGCCAAGGAGGUUUGUAAAGAUCAGGACUAGUGUUCUUAUCGGAAAAUCAACAGCACUUGAGCAGCACCCUGAGAAAGGGCAAUCACAACCAAUCGACUGGGAGCAGACGACAACAUGGCUGGAAACUUCAAGUCUGAGGUUGAAGUUCGGCAGACCCAAUGCACCAGAGCCAAUGAUGCACCCGCCCGGCGGAGUUAAAAGGCACUGCCACGCUGCCAUACAUUCUGCCUUGAUGGGUUGCACUCCCCCCUGUAGUUUGGGUCGAGGCUGGGCCGCAGAAACCCCCGGUCCCUUCCAAGCGGCUUCCCAUACCCGCCAGCCAGUGCCUCUUCAGUUAUUCCCAUCUGUGGCGCAUCAGCGGCAGCCCAUGGAGGCCCGCCCCUGACCUCACCACGCUGGGUGCGAGCGGCAUCCCACCACCGCCUUGCGCUUGCUGGAUAGACAAGUUAAAAUAGGAAUAAUGUCUGGGUUGUCGUUACGGGUUCCUCCCGUCGAUGCCCGGGCAGACUGUGUGGUUGUGUUGCCAGAUGCAUAUUAGCUGCAGCCGUGUCCUACCAGUUCCCAGUUCACACACAAACAACACAAUCUGAUAUAGCACGACGACGUUCAUUCCGACGAGGAAGCCCACAUUCUACACCUGACCUAUCGUUAACCAGACUCUACACUCUAUAGGGCCCCGGCCCUUCACCUUUGCGUAUAAUGGAAUCUUUCACCUCACCAGCAACACGAGCUGCAACCGCCACCCACGACGCAUCUUCCGUCACAGCAGCAGCAAUACCAGCACCAGCAAAGAAUAUCAGAUCCGGUACAGAUUCUUCAGUCAAGGAAACCCUUCCAGACCGGCCGCUUCGGGUAGGCUUUCAAGAGAAUCAACCUAUUCCCAUUCGUACCAUCAAGGACACCAUCGCCGAGCGCCGUCAGCCGGAGAGGCGAGACUCAUGUGAGAGGUUUCAGUUGAACUUCCAACAACGAAGGUCAAACACCGGCUGGUCUGUGGCCUCUGGAUUAACUGCCGCUUCAACUGUCACCGACAUCACCGAGCCCGAAAGUCCUGAUGCCAUUGACGAAGAAACGUUUGAUGUUGAAUCGGUGCUGGCAUCAUCACCUCCCUACCCUCACGGCUCUCCAUCUCACUCUAUCGCUUGCUCUUCGUUACCGACAAAGCCUCUGGCUCCUAUCGAUACUGACAGAUCCUCUUCAUUUCGCCAACGCCAGCCAGUCAGUGACAUUCCGCCAUCACCUCGGAAAGUGCAUUCGGAUCGGCCACACCGGAGGAGUUCAGACUAUAUCACACAUCCUCCACCUAUCGAGAAACUAGCUGGAUCGAUUACGGAUGACGCGACGAAUCCAGACCUCAGGGCCGCUUGCGACAUAGUUGGCAAGGAGGACGGCGAUAACAACAAGCCGGCACAGCAACGGGAUGAGUUAUCUUCUGAAGCAGAUGGAGGCAGUCCGUCCACAUUGGACGGAUUCCAUUCCUCGGCAGAUGAAAAUACGCCAAAUUCUCUGAGCGACGUAGAAGUGGACGACAACUCGGUGCAGAAUUUCCUCGACAGAGCCCUCAAGCAUGUGUUUGGUGUCGAGCUCUGUGAACUGAGCCAAGGCACCGCGUCAGCGGCCUACCAAUCGGUAAGUUACUGUCUCGACGAACUAUCAUAUAUAGUCCGGUCCGGUAGCCGGCAUUUCGCCGACUCUGCCGUCCCGCCAGUGAACGAGGCAGCUCGCAGUCAUGCAGGUUUCAACAGCACUCCUAUCCAAGGCACGGCCGACACAACUGGCUAUGGCGGCACAUCAAGUGGCCAGAGCAGUCGUAAAAACCACAACAGGACGAAAAAAAGACUCAGUGGGGGCCUCGAAGGCGGAGAGGAAGAAAAAGACGGGGAUGGCGACGAGGGAGAUGAUCGCCAGGGCGGUGGCGGUAAGCGACAAAGACUAACGGACCAUGGUCACGGCCAAAACUUUAGCUGUCCGUUCCGCAAGAGAAACCCCAUCAGAUUCAACGUUCGAGACUUUCAGAGCUGCGCGGUACAGUCCUUCCCCGACAUCCCUCAGCUCAAACGGCACAUCAAGAACUUCCACCGACAAAACUCGAUACCGCCGUUUAUGUGUCCGCGAUGCAAGGAGGACCUAGGAAGCCACCUGGACUUGGUCGCCCAUUCGGCCGUAGAGAUACAUCUCAUGUGUGAAGUACGGGAUGUGCCAUCAAGUCUGGAGCCCGAAGACGGCAUCACGCCACAGGUGGAGGAGGUUCUCAAUGGGAGAAAAGCAAACUCAAAGGUGGACUGUUGGGAUACGCUCUGGGACGUGUUGUUUGGCACGGAGGAAGGGAUCCCUGACCAUAAUUUCGUGCCCCCUACAGAAUUGGAUGAGGUGCAUGCCGAAUUCAGGAAGCCGUCCUCCCGCGAUGAACUCAGGCAGCGGCUUGCGACAGAGUUUCCUCUCCACGACCCAGACCUCCUGCUCAGCCUCUUCAACGAACACAUCGACUCUGUUGUGGACACCUGCCGCUUACGGACAAGCCAACUCUCUGGGCGGCCAAGACGGACCCGCAACCAGGGCCCUCGACAGCCAACAGCAAGCCCUCAGCGGGCGAGAAGAGCUAGCCACACAGCACCUCUCCAUUCGAUUCAGAGCAGAGACACACUGGGGAGUAACGGCCAAAGCGGCGGGGCGUCCUCGACGCAUGGCACGCCCAUCAACAACGAUUCGUCUUGGCCGAGUCCCAGCCAGCUGCCGUUGAUGUCGUAUGCGCCGUCACCGGGAGGCUAUGGACAGGCCGUUAGUCCGGGAGGAUUGAGUGACACCAAUGUGGCAUCCCUUCUCCCGGCACAAGUAUCAAGGCGUCAGCUUGGUAUCACUGUGCCGGCUCCGACAGCGCGGCAGGUACAGCGGCCAACAUUUGGCGCGCCGCUUCUGGGGACCUCCGGAGGAACAGAUGGGAGUGCCUCCCACCAUAUGCGGGUGCCUUCGGGGGACUCGGGGAUCAGCUUCGACACGGCUGCGGCAGCCGGCUAUCUCUUGCGGCAGCAGCCGGGUGUCAAUCUUGUCCCGAACCACUUUUUUGGCAGCACGAAUCUUCCAGUGCGGCAGCAAUUCCAACAUGGCAUUAGACGCGCAGGUGGUUUCCAGGGAGGCAGCGCAAACACACUUAGCCUUGAUAUGAACCAGGUGUAUCAGCAGCAGCAGGGGCCAUACCAGCAUCACAUGCAGCAUGCGCAUGCGCAACAGCUACAGCUACAGCCCCAGCAGCUGCAGAUGCCGGGACAGGGGAAGUCACCCAUCAGCCCGCACUCGGCCAUGACGGUGACAGCUUCAUCGCCAGGAGGGUUCUUUGGAAGUUAUGAGCUGGGGCCAGGUCAGACAAACCUGGGACAACAGUAUCCGCAUUAACAGUGAUAGGAGUUUGGGAAUAAGGUAUUUGGAUGUCAUGUAGAAAAUGUAGGAAAUGCGGAGUAGAAAGGCCAAUCCAAGAAGAUCUCUGUACUUUUG